CUUUAUGAUUAAAUUAAUAGAAAAUGUUAAUAAAAUUAGAUGAUAUGUGCAUAUUUGAAUUUUUCAAAGUUAAUGGGUUAGACUAGAAAUGGAUUAAAUGUUGGGUGGGAACAAGUAUUUCGACCUUUUACUGUUUAAGAGACCAUGACUAGUGGGAUAAUAAUAGAUGACCAUAUUUUUGUAUCCAAAUUGGUGGUAUUUGGGAGAAACCAUGGGAAGAAGGGAAUCAUCAAAUCCAUCAAACGUAAUGUUUUCUGUGUUGUUCUUUCUAUUUAUUGGUGUACAACAAGCUGCAUGUUCUUCUUCAUGUGGAAACAUCAAAGAUAUACGAUUCCCCUUCCGGUUAAAGGCCAAUCCAUCUGACCUCGGUGAUUCGGUAUUCGAUCUUAGUUGCGAGAGCAACAAAACCAUCCUUCAAUACUGUUCUGGAAAAUACUAUGUGAACAACAUUUCUUAUGAUGAUCAGCUAAUUAAUGUUGUUGAUGUUGACUUGGCCAAUCCAAGCUGUGGCGCCCUUCCAUCUCGACCUCUUUCAAUCUCAAAAACUGAUGGCGUUAAUGUCAACAGAACAGGAAUUCAAUUCAUAUUACGACCUGAUGACUGGACUAGUAGGGGACAUAUUAAGCACUACGGAGAAGCCCAGUUUUUGAAUUGCUCUUGGAAUUUCAGUCAUCCCUCGUACAUAAGAGUUCCUUGUUUGAGUGGAAACCAGUCUCAUGUUUACGUCUUCUUUAGUGAUAGCUUAGAAACAACCAAUCGUCACAAUUCAUGCUCCAUCAUUUCAAGUAUUCCUAUGCUUCUUCCUCUUCAGGCAAAUCCUGACUAUGAAAACAUCCAGAAAUUUCUUCAGUCAGGGUUUGAUCUUAUGUGGUACAUUGCGUAUUAUAAUCCAUUUGAAAUAUUGUAUGGCUUUAGGCAGAAAGAAUAUGCAGCGCCACUCUAUCGCUCUAAAAGCAUUGCUCUUCCUAAUUGGGUUAGGUUGGUCUAUCUGGAAAUUAUAGAACCAUUUGAAAGCUUUCUGUUGGUUGUUCUUAUCGUCAGAUUAAUCCUUGCUCCGAUGGUUUUACUUGUGUAUAUUUUCAUCAAGUAUAUAAAAACAUGGAAAACGGUGGAUACCGUAGAAAAAUUUCUUCACAAUCAACAAUCUUGGAUGCCUAAAAGUUAUUCCUAUUGUGAGAUAAUUGCAAUGACAAACGGUUUCAGCUAUGAGUUAGGCCAAGGUGGUUUCGGAUCGGUUUACAGGGGGCAGCUUCAUAAUGGUUGUUUUAUUGCUGUUAAGGUGUUAAAGAAUUCCAAAUUUAGUGCAGAAGAAUUCAUCAAUGAAGUCUCCACAAUCGGUAGAAUUCAUCAUGUCAAUAUUGUGAAAUUAUUGGGAUUUUGUUCAGAAGGACCAAAUCGUGCUCUUGUGUAUGAGUAUAUGCCUAAUGGAUCUCUUGAUAAGCACAUUUUCUCAAAGGGAGGUAAAGGAAAGUCAUUUACUUGGAAGAAACUCCAUGAAAUAGCUAUAGGAACAGCUCCAGGGAUUGAAUAUCUACAUGGAGGAUGUGAUGUUUGUAUUCUUCAUUUCGAUAUUAAGCCUCAUAAUAUCUUGCUUGACCACAAUUUCAUUCCAAAAGUUUCUGAUUUUGGCCUUGCAAAAUUUCAUCCAAAGGAAAAUGAUUUUGUGUCCAUUACCGUUACAAGAGGAACAAUAGGAUAUAUAGCUCCUGAGUUAAUUUCAAGAAAUUUUGGGGUUAUUUCUUGUAAGUCAGAUGUUUAUAGUUUUGGAAUGUUAUUGUUAGAAUUGGUUGGAGGGAGAAGGAAUUCUUUUUCAAUGGAAACUCAUUCAAGCAAAGCGUACUUCCCAUCUUGGGUAUAUGACCAACUACAAAAGGGAGGAGAUUUAGAGCUCCAAGAUGUGGCUGAAAAUGAAACUGGGAUUGCAAGAAAAUUGUGCAUAAUUGGGUUGUGGUGCAUACAAGUGAAUGCAGCAAGUCGUCCAGCAAUUACUAAAGUAAGAGAAAUGUUAGAAGGAAGCAUUGAGGAUUUACAGACACCUCCUAAACCUUUCUUUUCUUCUUCUCAACAUGGCUCUGUGAAGGAUGAGAUUUUAAUUGAAUUAGAUUCAACAAGUUCGUCAGAGCUAUUGUUGUUAGAAUCAAUAGAGGGAAGCUUGUAUAUUGAUGGCAAUGUUUAGUUUAAUUUCCAAAUUGAAAGUGUAAAUUUGAAAUAAAAAUGCAGUCACUAGUGGUUUUUAUAUUAAUGUAUUCAAUAUUUGAAAAAUGGCUUUUAUGGUGUAAGUAAAAUAUCAAUAAAAUCCUUGGUGUUGUCAUUGUUA